UUCGUCUGGUUGCCUGACAUUGCCUGACAAUAGCUGAAUACCUGCAGCGCGCAGCGCCAUGCCUGUGGUUCCAAAGAAGAGGAUCACGCAGUACUUCGCUCGGCGGAGGCGCUUGAUGUUUUACCUAGACCACUAUCGAUUUCUCUACAAGCACCGAAGGGAACACUACAGUCGGGGCAAGUACCAGGAGCCUAUGUAUGUGAAGGACUACCGUAGCCCAGAUUUCCGUUUUCCAGGCUUUUGGCCUGGAAACUUUGGCUAUGCGCAGUCGCAGGAUCAGGCCGCGCUUGAGAGCACUCCUGGUGAAUUACAAUCGACUGAGCCUCCAGACCGGCCUUUGCUGAUACCCGGGCAUCGCAGAGGGGGCACCAUUGAAUGACAGCAACACACAUGUCAGUGUGUGUCCAGGGAAAAAGAAAUGGUGAGUUCAAG